CCUUUUCUGGGCAAAACCCAAAAAAAACCCAGUAAAGUGUCUCUUUGUUGAUAGACAUGGUAAAAGAAGAAAAGGCAGACGACAGACAGGUCAACAUAUAUUUAAUGGGAGUAAGAGGAACACGGUACAGUCAAUCUUAAUAUCAAAGAAAAUCAGAUAGUCACGGCUUACGCCUCGCUACAGUGAACACGCAAUUGUUUGUCAAGGUAGACCAGACUUUGAAUUUUCUAAAUCAUGGUGGUCAGAUCUCUCUUUAAAUCACAAUUUUAACAGGAGGAAUUGACCAGUCGCAUUGCAAACAAUGGGUCGUGCGAGAGCAUCUUCUUCUUCCUCUUCUUCCUCAUCAUGGCAAUAUUUGACAGUGUCAUAUUACAUUAAGAGGCCCCAACGCCUGGCCUCUCUGUGCAUUCUUCUCUUCUGCGGAACCUUCCUUUUAUGGGACCGUCUCACUCUUACACGGGAGUAUGAGGCUGAAAUCAUUAGGAUGGCUGAAGAAAAGCAAAAACUUCAAAGUCAGUUAGAAGAGCUUAAUAGUCUCUUAGGAGAUGUGGGAGGAAAAAUCCAUUCACAACAAAAUUAUUUUGAUGAUCCCAUCAACAUUGAAAGGAGAAAUGCAGUAAAAGAAGCUAUGCUACAUGCUUGGACCUCCUAUGAAAAGUAUGCAUGGGGCUUUGACGAACUUCAGCCUCAGUCAAGGAGAGGAGUAAAUAACUUUGGGGGGCUUGGAGCAAGCAUAAUAGAUUCUCUUGACACACUGUACAUAAUGGGACUAGAUGAACAGUUCCAAAAAGCUAAAAGUUGGAUCACUUCACUGGAUUUCAACAAAGGUGUCGAUGCUAGUGUUUUUGAGACUACAAUUAGGGUGUUAGGGGGGCUUCUUAGUGCAUAUGAUUUAUCUGGCGAUAACAUAUUUCUCGACAAGGCAAAACAAAUUGCAGAUAGACUGCUACCUGCUUGGGAUACACCAACAGGGAUACCUUAUUCUUCUAUCAAUUUGGGUGAUGGGCGUGCAAAUAAUCCAGGAUGGACUGGGGGUUCAAGUGUAUUGGCAGAUAUUGGAACAACACAAGUGGAAUUUAUUGCACUUUCUCAGAGAACUGGGAAUCCCAAGUACCAAGAGAAGGUUGAAAAUGUGAUUCAUCAGAUACACAAAAUUUUUCCUGCUGAUGGUCUGGUUCCUAUUUAUGUAAAUCCUUAUACUGGAAGAGCUUCCUCCAAGAUUACUUUUGGGGCAAUGGGUGAUAGCUUUUACGAAUAUCUGCUAAAGGUAUGGAUCCAGGGGAACAAAACUGAGGCUGUACAGCAGUACAGAGACAUGUGGGAACAGUCCAUGGAAGGAUUAGCAAGCCUGAUCAAGAAAUCUACCCCAUCCUCUUUUACUUACAUUGCAGAACGCUCUGGUGGAUCUUUAAUGCAUAAGAUGGAUGAGCUAGCUUGCUUUGCUCCUGGUAUGCUUGCUUUAGGGGCUCAAGGAUAUGCUUCUGAUAAAUCAGUCAAGUAUAUGCAACUUGCAGAAGAGCUUGCUUGGACUUGCUAUAAUUUCUACCAAUCUACUCCAACAAAGUUAGCUGGAGAAAACUAUAAUUUCCGAGAGGGGCAGGAUAUGAGGGUUGGUACAUCAUGGAAUAUUCAGAGACCAGAAACUGUUGAGUCACUCAUGUACCUUUGGAGGAUAACUGGAAAUAAAACUUAUCGAGAUUGGGGGUGGGAUAUAUUCAAAGCAUUUGAAGAAAAGUGUCGUCUGGAUUCUGGAUAUGUAGGACUUAGAGAUGUGAAUUCUGGUGUCAAGGAUGAUAUGAUGCAAAGCUUUUUCUUGUCAGAAACAUUGAAGUACUUGUAUCUUCUUUUUUCACCACCCACUGUUAUACCCCUCGACCAAUGGGUGUUUAACACAGAAGCUCAUCCAGUCAAAAUUAUCCCUCGAUAUAUAGGUCUACAGGAAAGGAAAGAUUCAAAGCAGAUAUCUGAUGGCAAUCAGAUGACGACAAAGGUAUUUGGGAGAAAGGAAGGUUGACCAUAGAGGCCAUUUUGCAUGUUGCAGUCCAGAAGGAUAAGGCCCUGAGUUGUUUAACAGUAAUACGAAUAUCUGUAAAAUUAUUCCAAAGCCAAAUUGAUUUGCAACGUAAAUAUUUGGCUUUGGUAAGCUAGAUGGCUCAAAUGAUGGCUGUAUUUUUAAAGGUCAAAAAGUUAAAUUUUCACCAUGUUCUUAUAGAACUUCAAUGCUAGUAGGAGCCACAUAGCUUGUAAGUUGAUAUGUGAGCGCUUCAUAGUCUAUCAAUCUGUAGCAGGGUUGUAUAAUACUAAUAAUAAUUUAAUAUCCAACCAAGUUUUUUGGGUCGCCU